AUGGCUGGCCCGUCUCCGUCUAACCACAGUGAUUCUGUGAGACAAUCCCGGUCCUCGGGCUCAGGGUCAUCGAGGUGCAUCACAGAGACACAUUUUGACCAUGACGGCAUCGAUGAUAGUGUCAGUUAUUUUCAUUCUGACAAUGAGAACAUGGACGACAAUCCCCGUACAGACGAACAGCAACGCCCCCGAACCUCCCCGCAAAGUUUCACCGCACGAUCCCUCUUCAUGGGUCUCGCAAUCGGUACUCUCAUCACCUUCUCAAACACAUACUUCGGUCUCCAGACGGGCUGGAUCAGCGGCAUGGCAAUGCCGUCUGCUCUGAUCGGAUUUGCCGUCUUCAAGUCCAUGGCCCGACAUCUCUCAUUCCCCUUCACACCAAUCGAAAAUGUUCUUAUUCAGACAGUUGCGGGGGCUGUGGGGACAAUGCCAUUGGGCUGUGGGUUUGUGGGUGUGAUCCCUGCGAUGGAGUUCUUGCUAAGGGAGGGACCUGAUGGGAAGAAUGGAGGCGAUGAUGGACAAGGUGAAGGGGGCCCUUUGAAGUUGUCGUUUUGGAAAUUGGUUGUUUGGAGUUUGGGCGUUUGUUUGUUUGGGGUUGUGUUUGCGGUGCCGUUGCGGAGGGAUGUUAUUGUGAGGGAGAAAUUGAAGUUUCCAAGUGGGACGGCGACGGCGUUGGUAAUCAGGGUGCUACAUGCCGGUGGGAAGACAGAGGAGAAUGGGAAGGGAACCGAGGCACAUGCUGAAAGAGAGAGGCGGAGGUCGGGGUCGGCACAUGAACAGGAAUCGCUAUCUCGUAAUGACAGGGAGGACACCUCGCAUUCGAUUUCGAGUUUUGCGCUUGCUGAGCGGGAUAGGAGGAAAGAUUGGAAGGCGAAGAUUAAAUUGUUGACUUACGCAUUUGGGAUAUCUGCUGUAUAUACUCUCAUCUCCUAUUUCAUCCCGCAUCUUCGCGAUCUUCCUAUUCUUGGGUCUCCACUUGCAACUCACUGGUUGUGGACACUAAAUCCUUCUCCAGCAUAUAUUGGCCAGGGUAUAAUAAUGGGACCUUCGACGUCCUUGCAUAUGUUAAUCGGGGCGAUUUUGGGUUGGGGAUUACUUUCUCCACUUGCCAAACAUCGGGGAUGGGCUCCUGGGCCUGUCGACAGCUGGAAAGACGGCAGCAAAGGAUGGAUUGUCUGGGUUUCCCUCGCCAUCAUGCUCGCGGACUCAAUCAUCAGCCUUGGCUGGUUGAUUGUCCGACCAUUUAUCACGUACGGGCCGGGUCUUCUAGUGAAAAUACAGCACAACAUAACCCGGAAAAACUUCUGGCGGAAUCUUUUGACAUUCUCUUCUCGCCGAACAGGUUAUACAGCUAUUAACCACUCCGUUACAAAGGAGCACGAAGAGUAUGAUGCCCCAUCGUCCGAGCUCAUAUCCACAGGUACUGUACUCAUCCUCCUCCCGCUCACACUAUUCCUCAACGUGAUAUGCAUGCACAUUAGCUUUGGUAGCCUUAUCAACCCUGCUCUCUCAACCCUCGCCACCAUUCUGGCCCUGUUCCUCUCCAUAAUGGGCGUUCGUGCCCAAGGCGAGACGGACCUCAACCCCGUAUCCGGGAUCAGCAAAUUAACCCAGUUAAUCUUCGCCUUUGUAACCCCGACCUCCAGCCACACCCGUCGCACCGCAGUGGUCACGAACCUCCUAGCCGGAGCCGUCUCCGAAGCCGGCGCUCUACAAGCCGGUGACAUGAUGCAAGACCUCAAAACUGGCCAUCUGCUGGGUGCCAGCCCCAGAGCACAGUUCUACGGACAAGUUAUCGGCAGCCUCUUUGGCGCUGUGGUUUCCGCUGCGGUGUACAAAUUGUACAUAUCUGUAUACGACGUACCUAGCCCCAUGUUCCAGGUACCCACGGCAUACGUGUGGAUAUUCACCGCGCGACUAGUGACGGGACAGGGCCUGCCAGCCAUGGCAUGGCCUGUAGCCGCGAUUGCUGGCCUGAUGUUUGCCACCACCACGAUUUUGAGAAUCAUUGGCGCGUCACCUUCGUUUUCGGUACCUACGAAUGGAAAAGGUGGUUUUGGGGGGAGAAGGGGAAGUGCACCAUGGCGCGCAUGGAUACCAGGCGGCAUUGCAGUUGCUGUGGGUAUGUAUAAUGUGCCAUCAUUCACACUGGCCAGGGCCAUUGGGGGAGUUAUCGCGUGGUGGUGGAGUCGUAAACGACAACGACACAGCCAACGAAGAUGCCAUUCGGAAAGUGAUGGUACGGAUGAUAGUCAUGCCCGCCUACUUACGUUGUCGAAUAAUGGAGACGAUGACGAUAACGCGACUGAGCUACCAUCUGGGAGAUCGGGCUCCUUUGCUGUUAUGCGUGGUGAUGGGGAUGGUGGUGUGGGAGAUAAUGCUGCAAUUGGCUACGGCCAGGAUGAGAAUGACGAUUCAGAAGCGGGAUCGACAGUUGUGAUUCUUGCGUCUGGUCUUAUUUUGGGAGAGGGUGUCGUGAGUAUUAUCAAUCUAGUACUGGCGAGUGCUGGAGUUCCCCAUCUGUGA